AUGGACUUCUCCGGAUGCCAUGACGACGAUUCGUUCGGUCCCGCCGUCCGGGGCUGCCGCGGUGACUUUGACUUUACCAUUCGCUUCGAGCAGCUCGUCCUUGGCAUCAUCCCGCCCGCCGUGUUUGUGCCGCUCGUUUUCCCACGCCUGCUGCACUUGUGGCAACGGCCCAACAUCGUGGGCGGUCCCAUUUUGCUAGCCGCCAAACUCGUCGCCAUCAUCGCCCUCGCCGGCCUCCAGCUCGGCCUCCUCAUUCUCAGUGCCUCACAGCCCGGCAAAUUCAAGGCCCUGCUCUCCGCCUCGUCAGCCCUGGGCCUGCUGUCAUCCAUAUGCAUAUUCAUACUCUCCCACGCCGAGCAUACCCGCUCGCCACGGCCGUCCAUCCUGCUGUCGAGCUAUCUCGUUCUGAGCGUGCUCUUUGACAUCACCCUGGCCCGCACGUUCUGGAUGGCACGGGAAGACUCGCUAGCCGGUGCUGGCAGCCGCGUGUCCUUGGUCGUGGCCGGCUACGACCUCAACUCGGCUGAAACCGUCUUCUGCCGGCUCUUCUCGGCCGCUCUGGCCUUCAGGGUCGUCCUGCUGCUGCUCGAGUCGGUGCAAAAAAAGUCGAUUUUCCGCCCGGAUGCCGGUUGGAAAGCCGAGGAGCACAGCCCUGAGGAGACCAGCGGCCUGUUCGGGCUGGGUGCCUACGCCUGGCUUAACACGAUUUUCUUAAAAGGCUACAACACAGUCCUGACUAUUGACGACCUCUUCGCCCUCGACUACUCCAUGUCCACGCAGCGCCUCGAGGCAAAGCUCGCCAAGUAUGCCAACGAUCUGCCGCCUCCCAAGGAGGGUGACGUGCCCGAUGCGCCCCGCAGUCUGUACAACUUUGGCCGCAAGAAGCACGGCCUUACACGGGCUCUUGUUAAGGCGCUGGCUACCGAGUUCUUGUUGCCUAUUGGGCCGCGCCUGGCCUUGUCCGGAUUCCUGUUCGGCCAGCCCUUCCUCAUCAAUGCAGCCCUGACCUACCUCGAGCUGCCUGCCGACGUGGCCCCGCGGGACCACGGUUACGGUUUGAUUGGUGCUACCUUCAUCAUCUACCUCGGUGUCGCUGUAUCUACGGCGGUCUACUUCUACUACAUGGAGCGCGCCAUGUUUAUGGUCCGGGGCGCGCUGGCUGGUGCCGUUUACCGCAAGACUACCGAGCAGCGCCUCGACGCGGCCGACGACGCGGCCGCCCUGACGCUGAUGAGCACCGAUGUCGAACGUAUUCGCACUGGUCUGCUCACGAUCAACGAAUACUGGGCCAACAUCAUCCAGGUCGCUCUCGCCAGUUGGCUGCUCGAGCGCCAGCUGGGCGCCGCUUUCGUCGCGCCCCUUGUUGUUAUCCUGUGCUCCAUCGGCGCCAUUGGCUCGCUCGCCGUCAUCACUGGCCGCCGUCAAAAGGCCUGGAUGGCCCUGAUCCAGAAGCGCGUCGGCAUGACGAGCAAUGCGAUUGUGCACAUGAAACACCUCAAGAUCUCCGGACUGGCCGCGCCUGUCGAGACUCUGAUUCAGCAACUGCGCCUGGACGAGCUUGCCAUGGGCUCGCGGUUCCGUAUAAUUAUCUGCUUUGCCGUCACGGCUGCCUACUCGCCGCAGAUGCUAUCGCCCGUCUUUGCCUUUGUCUUUACAGCCCGUUCGCUCGAUACGGCCAGCGUCUUUACAGCGCUGUCCUUUGUCAUUCUCGUCACCAUGCCUUUCAUUAUGGUACUACAGGGCCUGCCAACAGUUGUGUCCGCGUUUGCCUGCCUGGAGCGUGUACAAGAGUUCCUCGAGAAGCCGCCGCGCGAAGACUUCCGAACACCGUUGACAGAGACACGCAAGACACUGGAAAAGCCAGACACAAGCGAGCCGGGCGAGAGUGAUACCGUCGUCAUUGACGCUGCUAGCCUUGGCUGGGGGAACGACAAGUUCAGCCUGCCUAACGUUCGCCUCGCCAUUCCCUCGUCCAAGCUCACCAUUGUCGUCGGCCCCGUCGCCGCAGGAAAAUCUACACUUUGCAAGGCUCUUCUCAGCGAAGUGCCUCACCUCAGCGCUGGUAGCUCGCUCCGUGUCGACCUGCGUACGCACAAUGGCCGCCUGCGCCGUAUCGGCUACUGCGACCAGACCCCGUUCCUCUUUAACGCCAGUGUCCGCGACAACGUCAUCGGCCUAGCCGGAACGGAUGCCGAGUUUGACGAGGCUCGCUACCGCCAAGCCAUUGAGGCUGCCAUGCUGCUUCCUGACCUCGCGCUUCUACCCCAGGGCGACCGCACCAGGGUCGGCAGCAACGGUAUCACUCUUAGCGGCGGCCAGAAGCAGCGCGUGUCUAUUGCGCGCGCACUGUACGUCGACACGGAUCUCUACAUAUUUGACGAUGUUCUGAGCGGUCUCGAUGCCGACACCGAGGAACACGUUUUCAACCGCGUCUUCGGCGCCGAUGGCAUCCUUACCAAGCAGCGCAAUGCCACUGCCAUCUUGUGCACGCACUCCGUCCGCCAUCUUCCGGCGGCCGAGUAUGUCGUGGCUCUUGAUGCCAAGGGUGCCAUCGUUGAACAGGGCUCGUUCGAGACGCUACUAGCGAAUCGCAACUAUGUAGCAAGUCUCGGCGUCAAGGACAAGAAAAAGAAAAAGGGCGGUGCUGGUGGUAGUGUCGUAAGAGAGUCCCGUGAGGGCGGAGAAAGCAGUGAUCUAGACUCGGCCCAGGCGUCUACAGAUGGCCCCAUGGCAGCCGCAAUGGCUGGAAGGGACGGUGGUCGCGACGAGCCAGCUGGCACCGACUUGACGGCGGCCCAGAUGGCCGGCCGUGCACUCGGUGACAGAUCGGUAUACAAACAUUAUUUCGUACGAAUCGGACCGUGGCCUCUCAUAGCAUUCGCCAUCUUUGGUCUCUCGUUUGGUUUCUUGUACAACUGGGGCAACAUCUGGCUCAAGUUCUGGGUCGAGGACCGCGUGCGCAUUCCGCACGCCAACCACUCCACCGGGUUCUACCUAGGCAUGUACGGCUUCUUCCAGGCGCUUGGCCUCGCCUGCCUGUUCAUCGUCAGUCUCGUCAACUUCCGCACCGUCAUCCAGAUUUCCGGCGCCCGUCUGCACCUCGAAGCCCUGCAAACCGUUGUCCGUGCGCCCCUGCGGUUUUUCACCAAGACUGACAACGGCAUCAUUACAAACUAUUUUUCGCAAGACAUGACCCUCAUCGACGGCGAACUGCCCUCGUCGCUCACCAACGUCGGUGUGGGCUGGUUUUUGACCCUGUGCACCGCCGCGGUCAUCGCCACGUCGUCUCCCUACUUGGCCAUCUGCUACCCAUUUAUCGGCGGCAUCUUUUUCGGCAUCCAGAAAUUCUAUCUGCGCACGUCCCGCCAGCUACGUCUCCUCGACCUCGAGGCCAAGUCCCCGCUGUACUCCCACUUCCUCGACACGAUGAAGGGUCUCGCCACAUUCCGUGCCUUUGGCUGGGUGGCACCUGGCGUGGCCCUCAACGACCGCCUCGUCGACCGCUCGCAGCGCCCAGCGUAUCUGCUGGCCAUGAUCCAGCGCUGGCUGACGUUCUCCAUCCAGUCUGUCAUGGUCAUCUUAUCCACGACAGUUGUGACGCUGGCUACGCAGCUGCGCUCCAACACGGCCUUUACGGGCGCCAGCAUGAUUCUGCUCAUGAACUUUGGCGACGUGCUGUCCUUUAUCAUGUACGCGUACACGAUGCUUGAGACGUCGCUGGGCGCCAUCAGCCGCCUCAAGACGUUUAGCGAGAACGUGCACGGCGAGUCGUACGACGACAACGCGGACGAGAACGUCAAACCGCCCUUGGCGUGGCCGACGCGCGGCGCCAUCCGACUGAACAACGUGUCGGCGACAUAUGACGACACUUCGAGCGACUCGAGCGACCUGAGAAAACCGCCUCAGAUGGUUCUCGACAACAUUAGCCUGACGCUGCGCGCGGGUGCCAAGGUGGCCAUCUGUGGCCGCACAGGAAGUGGAAAGUCUUCCUUUAUUCUGCUGCUCCUGCGUCUCUUGGAUCCGUAUGCACCAGGAGACGGUGGCGUCCCCGAGAAGGAUGUGUCGGCAUCGGACCAGGAUACGAGUCUGGCUGCUGAUGGCGUCUUCAUCGACGGCCUGCCCCUGCACACCAUCGACCGCCCCACGUUGCGCGAGCGUGUCAUUGCCGUCCCCCAGGACGCCGUAUUCUUGCCGGACGGCACCUCGUUCCGCCAGAACCUGGACCCCUUCGGUGCGGCCGAUGCCAGCAUGUGCCAGGCGGCGCUCGAGACCGUCGAGCUUUGGCCGUUUGUGCAGGAGCGUGGUGGACUCGAGGCUGGUCUGGCGGCCGACACCCUGUCGCAGGGCCAAAAGCAACUGUUCAGCCUGGGCCGUGCCAUUCUGCGCCGCCGCGUCCGUGCCGCCGCCGGGCUGUCUGGGCCCGGUUCCGGAAUAUUGCUACUGGACGAGGUCUCGUCCAGUGUCGACCAGAAGACGGACCGCGCCAUGCAGACCGUUAUCCGCGACGAGUUUGCAGGCUACACGGUGAUCAUGGUCAGCCACCGUCUCGAUAUGGUGCUGGCGACGUGCGACACAGUGGUGGUGUUGGACCAGGGCCGGGUGGUGGAGACGGGCGUGCCGUCGGAGCUGGUCGAGUCCGAGGGCACAAGGUUCCGCGAGCUAUGGCUUGUCGGGAAGAAGGCCUAG